AGACUUGGUUUUGAUUGGUAUCCAGAUCGGCAGCAGCAUCGCCUUCGCCAGCAGCAGCAGCGCCUGCAUCUGCAUCUCCGCCCACCGCCGUCCGGCUCCAGAACCCCACCGCGCCGUCUUGUCGGCCGGCCGGCCAUGUCUCCCUCCGGCGAGGUGGUCGCCUCCGUCUCCUCCGCGCUCGCCAUCCUGCUCGUCCUCCUCGCCUGCGUCGAGCUCGGCGACGCCGCCGCCGCCGUGGGCGUCUACCGCCUCAUCCAGUACGACCUCGCCGGCGCGCCGCUCGGCUCCCGCGCCGCCACCCUCAACCACCACGCCGCCGCGCUGCCGCUCCCCGCGGGCGCCGACCUCUCCCGCUCCGCGCUCGUCGCGCCGCUGCUCGACCUCCCGCUCUCCUUCCUCCGUGAUUACUUGGCAGAAAAGAAACAUCUUGGAGGCUUGCUCAUUCUGCUACCGACAAACCUCAGCGCCAAGAAUGGUGAGGAGAACAAUGACGACAAGGGGCAACCCAAGCGUGUGCUGGCCGAACUAGAAAAAUUGCUCGUGCAUGAAGAAGUGCCAUAUCCGGUGUACUUCGCUUUCCAUGACGACAAUUUUGAUAACCUAUUGGCAGAUAUCCGUAAAAUUGCCUCUUCAGGUCAGCCAGCAUCUGCAUCGACAGGAGGAUACAAGCUUGUAGUGCCUUCGGCGGAACCUAGAAAGGUGUCAUCUCCAACCAUUUCAAAUAUCCAGGGAUGGUUGCCUGGUUUGAAAGGAGAGGGUGAUGCUGAACAGCUUCCAACCAUUGCCAUAGUUGCAAACUAUGACACUUUUGGUGCCGCACCUGCACUGUCCGUGGGAAGCGACAGCAAUGGAAGUGGAGCUGUGGCUCUUCUAGAAAUUUCACGACUUUUUUCACGCCUCUAUUCAAAUCCUAAGACCAGAGGCAAGUUUAAUCUCCUCUUUGGCUUAACAUCUGGUGGACCGUACAAUUACAAUGGAACUAGCAAGUGGCUUAGAAGUUUUGAUCAGCGUGUACGCGAGAGUAUUGACUAUGCAAUUUGCUUGAAUAGUGUUGGUUCCUGGAGCAAUGAUAUUUGGAUGCAUGUAUCAAAGCCUCCAGAGAAUCCCUACAUCAAGCAAAUCUUUGAAGGUUUUUCAGAUGUCUCAAAGGAAAUGGGCAUUUCAGUUGGCAUCAAGCAGAAGAAGAUUAAUGUGUCAAAUUCUAGAGUAGCAUGGGAACACGAGCAAUUUUCGAGGUUUAGGGUGACUGCGCUAACUCUUUCAGAAUUGUCUACCCCUCCUGAAUUUUUAGAAAGCACUGGUGGUAUCUAUGACACAAGAGAAUCAGCAGAUGUUGAGUCAGUAACAAAAACAGUCAGAUUAGUGUCUGAGAGUCUUGCGAGGCACAUCUAUGGGUUGAAAGGAAGGAACAUCGAUGUUUUUGCCGAGAACAGCAGCUUAGCCGUCAACCCUCACUACAUCAAGUCCUGGUUGGAUCUUUUUUCACGGACACCACGGGUUGCACCUUUUCUUCAGAAGAAUGAUCCCUUUAUCGCUGCACUUAAAAAGGAACUCUCCGAGCACACUGCUGACGUGCAUGUUCAAACUGAUGUCCUUGAUGGCAUGCUCACUUUCUAUGAUGCUACAAAAUCAACUUUAAAUGUAUAUCAGGUUGCGAGUGUUACAUUCGAUCUGUUGUUCCUUCUGGUGCUUGGUUCCUACCUAAUUGUUCUCUUCAGUUUCCUAGUGAUCACUACACGGGGUCUCGAUGAUCUCAUUAACAUAUUCCGGCGACCUCCGUCACGCAAGGUCAAGGGAGCUUAGACUAGGUUUGUGUUAUGUGUAUUAGUAAUGAGGACCGCAUGCCUAGUUAGAAGCAGAAGAGACAGAGCUAGCUUUCAGCAGCAGAUAGACCUGUAAUCUCAAAAUUUUACUGUUUGUUCUCUCUAGCCAAAUGUGAGUGGCUUCAGAUUCUGGCAGGCAAAAACAUUGUUUCUUUUGCACACAAGGAAUUUUGGCUGCAAUUUCGCCAGCACAAUUUCUUCAUGUAUGGAUAAAUCCCAAAUCUGUAGCACAUGGAUACAUAGUGUUCCUCUUUUUUUCCGAACACACUCAAAAGACAGGACCCCUUACAUCCCUAGAA